UAGUCACUGGUGUCUGUCUAUUCACGAAUCAUGAGAAAACCUUCCAGUCCAGGGGAUUGCAUGAAAAUGAUCACUUGAUUAGGAUCAAUACUUUCUGACAUGCAUUCAAUGUUGUUUCCGGGUUGGAUUCGAUUGUUUUGACGCUGUAUUUUCGAUAAUGCAACUUAUUUAUCGACCGGAAAAAGUGUUGAAACUAGAGGUUAAUUGUAGGCGAACCCUAAGGUGGAUACUGUUGAGUCUAUGAGGCAGUUACGUCCAAUCAGCUUAUGCCAAUUUGUGUACAAAAUUAUUACCAAAAUCAUGGCGGGUGCUUGGCUACCAUUUUGCCUCAAAUCAUUUCCGGGGGUCAAAAUGCCUUCAUUCGGGAUCGACAAAUAGUAGAAAAUAUCCUUCUCAGACAUGAAUUGAUGCAUUACUUGAAAAUCAAAACGCGAGGUAAGAAAGGGUUCAUGGCUCUAAAGGUUGACAUGGAAAAGGCCUAUGAUAGAGUCGAAUGGCCAUUUCUUCUUGCGGUAUUGGACAAGAUGGGUUUCAACUCGGUUUGGAAAGGAUGGAUCCAGGAAUGUCUCCGUUCCACCUCAUUCUCGGUUUUGAUGAAUGGUACCCCCUCUGGCUAUUUCUCCCCCUCCUGGGGACUAAGACAAGGGGACCCCUUAUCACCUUUACUGUUCGUUAUUUGCACGGAGGGGUUUGCGGCGCUCUUGCGUAAGGCCAUUUCGGAGGAAAAAUUGGAAGGCAUUAAGGUGGCUCAUCGAGCUCCCAGGAUCUCUCAUUUAUUCUUUGCUGAUGAUUCUUAUCUAUUCCUGCGUGGCUCGCUCCAAGAGUGUGAGAAUUUACUAGAGGUCCUGAAUGAAUAUGAGGAACUCAGUGGUCAAAAGGUUAAUCUGGCAAAAUCAGCAGUGUGUUUUAGUAAAAAUAUUCGUUUGCCGGACCAAGAGUUUUUGGCUCAGAUUCUGGGGGUGGGUGCGGUAGGAGUACAUGACAAGUAUCUGGGCCUCCCUACGCUCUUCUCCCGAUCAAAAAUAGAUACCUUCCGGUACUUGGAAGAGAAACUGCUUGAGCGGUUGCAGGGAUGGAAGCAGCGGACGUUGUCUUGGGCAGCUAAAGAGACUCUGAUUAAGUCAAUAGCUUUAGCGCUCCCCUUACAUGUUAUGUCCUGCUUCAAGCUUCCCCUGUCUCUUUGUCGGCUCCUUGACAAGCAUGUGGCUCGCUUCUGGUGGGGGGCUGUGGAGGGGCAGCCAAGGAUCAGGUGGAUAUCCUGGCGGAAUAUGUGUAAAAGUAAGCAUGAUGGGGGGAUGGGGUUCCGUCGCUUUGAACAAUUCAAUCAAGCUUUGCUGGCAAAAAUUGGAUGGCAGAUUCUUACUGACCCUCAUUCCCUUCUGGCUCAAGUCUAUAAAGGGAAGUACUUUCCUAAUGGGACAUUUCUUAAUGCAACUGCGCGUUCGCGCCCUUCUUGGGGGUGGCAGAGUGUCUUAUACGGGCGACAAUUACUGGAGGAGGGGCUGCGAUGGCAUAUUGGGGAUGGAAGGACGGCGUCUCUCCUGGAGUCCAACUGGGUCCCUCAAACCCAUCCUUGGCCCCUCGUUUCCAACCCUCGCGUGUUACCGGAAGGGGGGGACCCUAAGGUGGAGGAGGUCAUGUGUCCAGGUGAAGGCCGUUGGAAUGACGCCAAGCUAAGUGAUAGACCGUUAGUUACACAUGUUUUCACCCCUGUUCUUACACCGUUUGAGAUGUGGUUUCUCGUGUUUUAGACCGAUUUCACGCUAGGUUGUGCUUGUUUGUGAUAUUUCAGGUCCUGGCAAGUGAAUGAAGGUUUAGGAGCGAGUUCGGGGUCGAUUGGGCGAAGAUCGGGCGUGAGGCAAGUCACAAAGGAAGUCGCACGGGCACACCCACAACCCACACGGCCGUGCAAGUGACCAGUUUGGCCGUGUGGGAUUGUGCGAGAGCAAACACGGGCAGAGCAGAAAAUCCACACGGCCGUGCAAGGUGAGCUGCACGGCCGUGCAAGGUGAGCUACACGGUCGUGCGACCCUGGUCGUGCAAGAAGCCUGGAAUUCAACUAAUUGAUGCGCUGCGUUUUGACUCGCACAGGCAACUGGGUGAGCCACACGGCCGUGCGGCCUGCCCGUGCGAGUCGGGAUUUUCUGCUUUUAAGCAGAUUUUCAGCCACAAGUCGGGGGGAUUCGAGUUUUAGAGAGACAGAGCGAUUCCUAGAGAGAGAAAGCGACGAACAAGAGUCUCCAAGUGCCCUAGCUUGAUCUUCAACACCAUUGGAGGCCAGUUUGAGCUUGGAGAAGUGCUGAUCAACGUCUAGGAGCAGGAAUCCAUCCUUCACAGUAUGAAUUCCGCGUCUGAUUCUGCUUUUGCUUCUUUCUCCAUGGAGUAGUUCUCCCAUUCAUCUGGGUAUGGAGAACCCUAGAUUUGUAUGUUAGGCUUUGAUUGUAUGAACCCAAGUACUGAUUCUAUGAGUUGAUUAUAUUCGAUUGAGGUUUGAAUGAUUGAAUGGCAUGAAUCCUGAUCAAAUUCCUGUUGUUUCUGCUUUAACCUAGAAUGAGAAUAUCUGCCUAGGUUGAUAGAGCAUCCUUGAUUGAAGGUAGGGAGUUGGUGACUUUAGUCGAGGAGCCAACUCACUAUUCUGUACCGGAUUUACUCCGGUAGUGGAGGUUUUGUUUGUUAAGGCCUCAAUCUGUUUACUCCGGUGGAGGUUAGUCGCCCGCUAGAGACUCAGAUUGAGAGGGUCUGAAGACCUUUAGUCGAGACUUCAGGCUGUUUAAGAACCUUCCGCAGUAUAACUAUCAUAGAAACUGAACUUGGUAAUUACAAUCCGGCUUAACUGCAGUCUAGGGGGAACCAUAUCCGGGUGACCUCUUUUAACCUGAAUACAACAUUUUACUUGCU